AUGAUACAUGAAAAUCACCAGCAUCCCCCCCCCCCCCCACAAAGCCUCUUUGACGAGGGAGAGGUCGAGCAACAACUAGCCUGGCAUCAGAGCCGACUACAAUCAAGGAUUGAAGCACACCAGAGGCAGAUCGUUGCAGACCUUGCGCGAUUCCACCGCUCCGAUCUCUACCAGCUCAGCACCGUCCGGGUCUUAGGAAGCCACCACACCCGGCCCGAGUUCUUGUCCAAGCUAUUUGGCCCGCUCCUUGUCAACGGACAGGAACAAAUGCUGCCAGAAAUCUUCCGACGUUUGGAUGAGCUCCAAGACAAACUUGCCAAGCUGGGCAUCUUCUCCCACCUCCAAGUCUCUCUAGCGGCCACUAAGGAAAAUCCACGGGGGAUCAAGGCGCUUGUCAAUUUUGUCAAACGCGGCCAGUUCUUCCUCAAGACUUUGACCAAUGUUGGGAAUGGCAAGGGCGCCCUGACCGGCCUUGCCCGCGCCCGAAACGUCUUUGGUCAAGCCGAAGUCUUUGAGGCCGGCGUGGGCCUGGGAAAUAAGACUUGGGCCCGCGGCCAGGUCCGGGCCGAGGUUCCGCUCUUGGCGGCAAGAGCACCUGCCAAGCUCGCUGUCAACGCCUGCGAACAUGACCUUAGCAAAUUUGUGAGCUGUAACGAAACCGUCAAGGGUGUGGCUGCCAAACUGAAGACUGAGACCGGCUAUGGUGCCCAUGAACUAAGCUAUGAUCUGACCACCCAUACCAUUGGCAGUCUACUUCCCGGUGCAUCAGAUAGGCAGCAGCUGCUGGCCCUAACCUGA